AUGCUUAAGCGACUUUUCUUUGGUUAUGCUUUGUUGAUUUUGUUCUGUUUUUGGAAAGUGGAUGGCACAAUAAUCGCGAAAAGCGAUAUAACAAUCUGUGAAAAUACGGCCAAAGAUCCACUUAAUGUUUUGUAUAACAAAAGAUGUGAGAAAAAGAUGGUUGUACUGGCUGAAGUCACUAGUGGCCAGGUAUCAAACUAACAAACAAAUAACCACAAAACACACUAACUAAUAAACUAACUAUAACUAACCAACUAAUUAGCCAGCCACCUAAUUAAUUACUCAACUUGUAUAUUUUGACAAACAAACAAACAAACAAACAAACAAACAAACAAACAAACAAACAAACAAACAAACAAACAAACAAACAAACAAACAAACAAACAAACAAACAAACAAACAAACAAACAAACAAACAAACAAACAAACAAACAAACAAACAAACAAACAAACAAACAAACAAACAAACAAACAAACAAACAAACAAACAAAACCCGAACAAACUUAUAUCAAACUAACAGACAAACUAACUAUCUACUCCGGUAACAAACUAUAAACUAACUAGCUAACUAUCUAGCUAAGUAGCUAACUAUAGUAACUAUAACUAAUACUAUACUUACCAACUAACGCUGUAACGGUUGACAAAGCUAAAUUAGACUCAUUGAUUACAUAACAAUGCUCAUAAUGAUAUCAUGACAAUCAUUGAGCACAUUGUUCUUUGUUUGUUAGGGAGAAACAGAGAGGCUUCAUGCGACAGUAAACAAAGUUCGAGAUACUGUCGUAGGAGAAGACGCUCGACUAUACAAUCCAUUCAUCAUCACAUUAAGUAUGUCGCCAAUACAUCUCGUCUAUCCGAUAUUUUACCGAGGGGUAAGUAAUGUUGAACAUUUUACUACGAGGCCUGGUCGAGACUUGAAGCCCCGUUUACACUACGCUCAAUUUUUGGUACCGUACCACUUUUUUGGGUUCUUGGGAUACCUAAAUAGGUAGUCCAAGAACCAAAAGUGGUACGGGUAUAGUGUGAAUGGGGCUUGAGGAAUUCAGAACCUCAUGCACGCAAAUGAAAAAUACAAACAGAACUCGGAUGUUUCGAGUGAAGAGAGUCGGGAAGUUUCGAAGUUUUGUUUAUAUUGUUCAGGAUUUGUAUCCCCACCCUAUACAUAUAUGAAGAAAAAUCUUCCGCAGAAAAAAAGUUUUGUAAAAUGUGAUUGGAUUCUGAAGUACGUUGAAAACAAAUUUAUGUUUUUAUAUUAGACAUUAAACAACAAACCUUUUGAAGAAAUGUUUCCGUUGGGGAAAUAUAAUUGUUACGCGGAGGAGCAUCCCUGUGGAGCGUACUACGAUUGGCGUGGCAAAAUUAUCUGGGACAGCUGGGUAGGUUUUCUGCAGUCUAUAGUUAACAUUGCUAUCUUGCUUCAUUCAUAUAUAUGUAGAUAAAUUGGUAAAGUUGGGCGGUGUAGUUGUUAAAUAAAUUAUGUACCUAUAACCUAUCAUCCGUUAGCCUGCGGGCAGCCCCAAUCGGUAUUGCUUGAAAAAUUAACGAUUUCCCGUAUCCAGUAUGAGCGCUGAAGAAUAAAUCAUUGCCUUUGAAAAAAUUUCGAAGAGCUUCUAUUUGGUCAUGAUAAAAAGAAUUUACUUUUAGAAGACAGCAAGCGAUAUUCACUGCUUCUGAAAACUUGUCUUCGUCAAAUAUAAUGCGUUCCUUGCAAUACGCCAUAUUGAAUUUACAUAUUCACGCCCCUGCAUAUUUAGCGUAUUAAUUUUCUUGCAUAAAUUAUUUUCCCCAAAAGCUGGAAAAGCGCGUAGCAAGCUAUUCGGCAUUGUUUCGCAGUCCCUUCCCUCGUUUACGUGGUAUGGGGCUGCCCGCAGGCUAAUCAUCCGUGCGCUUGAUGUUAUUGCAAAUAAUGAUGUUGUGUAAUAAACUUCGCAGGUUUUAUCUGUUUUUUUCUGCUGUAGUAACACAAGACCAACUGAGGCAUGAUCCUAGCUUAAAUAAUAAUGGACCCCUGAAGAAAACAGUUUAGAACUGAUAGAGCUAUUCAAUGUAAAUCAAGUUAGUUUAGGUUUCCUUUUGUAGUAACACUGGAUCAAUAAGAGAUGACUCUUACUGGACCUCUGAGGAGAACAGUUUAGAACUGAUAGAGCUAUCUAGUAGAAAUAAAGUUAGUUUAAUUAAUCCGUUUUCUCCUGCAUUAACGGCGGAAGAAAAAAAGGGAUGGUACGUACUGGAAAAAAAUUAAAAUAUUUUUAAAUUUUGCACCUCUAGGAAAACUAGCUUAGAGCUGGCAUAUAGCUAUCCAGUAUAAAUAACAUAAUUUUUUCCAGAUUUGUUGAUUUAAAUGUAAUCAUAAUUAAAUGUCUAGGGAUUCUGUUGCGAGUGUCAGAGAACUGGAAUUUAUGCUACGACAAAGAUGUACGUUUUCGACCUGGCGAUGAACAACUACUUUCGAGGCCAAAUUGAUUGUGACAAAUACCUAUCCUCGGCGCACUGCAUGCGUUUUGAUGACCUGUGGUGAGUCCUAACUUUAAAAAGUCUAAUUCAAAUUCAGAUUGAAUUUCAAGCUGAAACACAAAAUUGAAACACUCCUAUAAAACAGCAACACUUAAAACAAAAACAAAAACAAGAAAAUUAAAUUAAAUCAUUCAAUUCUAUUUAUUUGCCACUAAAUACAAAACCACAACAUAUCAUGAAAAUAAUUCUGAGAACUGCUGAUUAAUAUCUGUUGUUAGUGAAAACCAACUUAUUGGACAAUACUUGAAUUGUUUAUAUCUUUGAAGGUAUGACGUGCAUGAAAUUGAUGUCUUUUCGUUCGACUUUACGAUUUGGAUAAAAGCUUACGACCAAGUGGAAAAAUUUGAAAAUAAUAAGACAUUGAUUGAGUGGGUGGAUGGAGGAGAGAUUGAACUCAGUCCCACGAAGACAGGAGGUGUGGGAAAACAUGGAAGGGUAAGAAAGUUUUGAUCAUUGUUCGCUUGCUUGUGGGAUCUCUGUGGAAAUGUUUCCUUUGUUCCACACACAAAGAUUUCAUCAUGUUCCCUUAUUCCCUGUUAUAUAUUUUGCAUGCUUUGUUCCCAUAUACCCAUUGCAAGAUAUGCCUUGUUCUCCCUAGAAACCCCUGUGAACCCCCCCCCCCCACUUUGACUGGAAAAAUAAGGUCUUAAAGGCACAGUUCAGCCUGUUGAACGAUGGUUUUUAAGGCGCAUUUCAGCCCUUUUAAUUGAAAAAAACUAACUAGGAAAAUCAAUUAAGCAUAAUUCAAGAUCACCAAACUUAAUGUUUUUAACAUUUUAAAACAUUUAUAUUGUUAAAAACAUCGAGUUUACUGAUUUUGAAUUAUGCUUAAUUGAUUUUCCUAGUUAGUUUUUUCAAUUAAAAGGGCUCAAAUGCGCCUUAAAAACCAUCGUUCAAAAGGCUGAACUGUGCCUUUAAGCUUGGUUUAAACUGUUAAAGUUUUAUGUGAUCACAAUAGUAAUUUUGCAUAAGUAAAUUCGACGUUUUGAAGUAAUAUUUCAAAUGCGACUAUGAGGACUGGACUAGAUUUCAAGUCCGCGCAAGUUGAUCACGUCCGAGGCGAAGCCGAGGAUGGAUAAAAAUACGAGGACUUGAAAUCUAGUCCAGUCCGAAUGGACCUUUCCCCUUAUAACUAAAAUUUCGAUCUAGACAAAAAUUUCAUCACAGCUUGAAAGAGCAUCACAAAAUUAGUAAUAUUCCAAAGUUUUGUUGCAAAAUCUUGUAAAAUGCGGAUAAUAUAGCCUUGCGAAGUCUGCCGUUUUUCAGUCAUUUUGUAUUACAAACGGGAAAUUGACAUCCGAUUCGGGUGUUGGGGCUGCAAUUUCCCGUUUGUAAUGCAAAAUGACUGAAAAUUGCAAACUUUGCAAGGCUAUAUUAUCCUCAUUUUACAACAUUUCGCAACGAAACUUUGGAAUAUUGCUAAUUUUGUGAUGCUCUUUCAAGCUGUGAUGAAAUAUUUGUCUAGACUUGCCUAGAUCAAAAUUUUGGUUAUAAGGGGAAAGGUCUAUCCGAAUUGGAGGAUUUGAAAUGACAUCUCAUUUAAUCCAAUCCAAGGAUUGAAUCAAUAUACUUCACCAGGUAUCCAGUGUUGUCAUGUGAGCAAAAUAAAGCAAUAUGGUUGGCUAAUGUAAGAAAUUCGUGAGUGAACUAACUCACUGUUCAAUUUUACUGCCCGCCUUACUGGACCCUUUAUCACUCUUAUGGAAAACAGGUGAAGACUGGUAGAGCUUCAUACACAAGAAAAGACUUAACAUUCUGUAUUUUAGAUUGUGGCCAAGUACAUCGGGAAAAUGAAAGCAGGAAGAGAAUAUCCAAGAUUGCAAGAUCAUUAUUUGAUGACACCGAACGCAGAAUACAUUCAAUUCGGGAAGGAGUAUCACCCACAGUUGAAAGUAAGAGCAAGCAAAAAUGUUUAAAACAAAUUUUUUUCACAAGUGCAAAAUUUCGUUGCGUGUAUCCUUGUAUAUCCAUCUUCGUGAAACAUGGUUAAGGUUACAGGACACCCUUUUUGGCGUUUUGCGGAAAAUCGCUACUGCGCGCUCAAUAUCAGUCCGAUUUUCAUCAAAUUUUCACCAAAUGUUCUCCAGUGCAUGCAAAAUAUGGUAAAGUUAAUUGUGAAAUUAACAAGCAAUAAAAUAAUGUAAGAAUUAUUCAGGAAAAUUUUAAAUCGCUGUACCUUUACGCUUUUGAGUUGUGCUCCUGCUGGUUUUAAGUUAUAUUUAUGAAAAUAUCAUUUUUAUACAGUAAAAUAGUUGUUCUAAAAAAUUGUGUUCGGAAAUUUUUGUUUAUUUCGUCAUUCCGCUGAUAUGGCGAUUUCUUUGGCGACUGCAAUAUAUUUCUGAAUUGUUUGAGUGAAUUGCUCUUUAUUUUCAGUUAAAAUAUCCAACAUUAAAAAAAAGCUGAACACAAUUUUGACACUGACGUAUUUAGCUAUGUCCUGUGAAAAUUUGAGAAAAAUUGGUUAAAACCCGCAGGAGCACAACUCGUUUGAAAAUCAGUAAUUACCGUAAAAUUUUUCGUGAGAAAAUUGAAUUUGAAUAUUACAUUUUCAAUGUUUUUCUUAUUGCAGCGAAAUGUAUUUUAUUAAAUAACUCUGCGAGUUUUCAACAUUUUUCGUUCAAACUUGGUCAGAUAGUAGAAUUAGUCUAAUGCUUUUAUUGAAACCAAUAAAAAAAAUUUAGGCAAAAUUAACACUCAAAGGUGUUCUGUAACCUUAAGAAACAAUUAGGUUUCCUGGUUCCCUGCCAUCAGGAAACAUGGCUAGGAAACAAUUUUCCUGGUUUCCCCACCUUUGGCCAUUUGGGAAACACGGCUAGGAAAUUAUUUUUCUAGUGGUUUGCCCACAAUCGGGAAACAUGGCUAGGAAACAAUAUUACCGCAACGUUUGUCCAGACAUUUAUGUGAUUAUUUUAGCAUGGCUACGAGGACUACCUCAUCAUACCAAUGAGUGAAGUUGAAAUGCACGAAAAAUCCCCGAAAUGUGACGUCAUCGGUGUGUCAUUCACAGCGUUCUCGCAACAGAGCACACACCACGGGAAUGAUGGUUAUGGCUGCUAUCAACCUCAAGGAACGUAAGUUCGAAGCAGAGCUGUUGUCUUAAAAAACACCAACAGUUUUAUUAAGGUGACAGAGUCAAAACACUCUUUUAUGUUUGUGACAUUAGUCACGAAAACGAGGCUCUAUAGCAAAGGGUGUAUUCCUGCAAUAGCUCUCCGAACAUUGCAGCUUCCCUUUGGACACUUAGAUUCCCCCUGUUGUGGACCAGGAUACGAGAUAGUUGUUAUUGGACCUCUAGUGACAGCAGUUUAGGACUGAUAGACCUUUCUUGCAAUGAAAUUGGAUCAACAAUGAUCGAACCUUAUUGAAGACGGUUUACAAUUAAUAUAGCUAACCAGUAUACGGCAUAUCAAUAAUAUAUAGCAGAAGUGAAGUUAAAUUGAAGACGCGGUUUAUAACUAAUAUAGCAAACCAGUGUAUAUCACUAGUAUAUAACAGGAGUGAAGUUAAAAUAACUAAGCGGGAUUUUUUGUAGAUGUCUAAGAAAUCAAAUUCAAGAUUAUUUCAUCGAGGACUCGGUAAGUGAAGGUUGGAAAGGGGUUGAAGAAAUAUUUUCAGGUGUAUAACUAAUAACUUUCAUCUAUGUACGAAUACAAUUAGCAUUUCUAUCGCACAAAUUUGCAUAUGGCGGGAUAUGAUCAAAUACCUAGCUAAUUACAUACUUAGACUAGACUAUAUAUUAUUUUCAUCAAUCGCUUGUCUGAUUCAGAUGCGGCGGGAAAAAGGCGAGAGAACAAAAUAUUUCCCAGAAACUUACGGAAAAAUAACGGGAUUGAAAGAGCGUCUUGGAUCCCGUGAUCGUGUCGUAGAAUUUGAAUCUGGAGAAACGUCAUCAGUUUUGGUUUAUCUUGAAAUUAGUGCUGAUGAUUUGAUACUUGUUUAUAACAGGUAAUUUGCUACAUAUUCGCUAAUUGAUUGGUUAAUUAGUAUUCUAAUUGUAUUACAGUUGCAUAUUGCAUACGAAUUAAAGAUAACUCGUUAGUUUAAAUACUAUUAUUUUCACUAAAGGGCAGGAGGCGUGAUUGUCAAAGCAUUUGCAGAAGGAUUUGAGUCGCAAAGUCGUAAUGGUUUGGCGACGGUGGUGGUUCAAAAUACUGGAUUUGUUACCGCAGAUUUUUAUGUAAGUAUAGACAAUAAAUAGAGAAGUUCAUCCACUACCUUUCACUGACUUGGUACGCAUCUGAUUGGUUAAUCGGAUAGUUCAAAUGCAUUUGAAUGGUUAAUCGGAUAGUUCAAAUGCAUUUGAUUGGUAAAUGGUCCCUUAAUGGUAGCGGAAGUCAAAUCUGAACUUCUCCAAUACAUGUUCAAAAAAGUAUGUAGGCGAAACAUGAGCUUUCCAUCUCGGGAAAAUGGGCCUUGAUUUCUUUCGCCCCAGUUGGAUUGAGAAGAAUUCCUACAAUUUGAUUCUAGCUACAAAACAACGCAGACGGGUAUUCCGGUUGCAGUAACAUUGUAACAAUAAGGGAAAAGGGAUUCUCACCAGACUAUUAGAGGGAACAGUUUAGAAUUGGGGAAUUGUGAUGGAGCUUUCCAGUACAAACAGAGUUAGUUUAGUUUACAACUUACACACAAUGUUAAUAUGCGCGCUAUAGCCAAUGAUUUAUCGACGGCAUCCCUCCAAAUUAGCUCUAUCCUAUUUUCGACCAACCAACCUCCCAGAUUGAGAUAGUAAUAUUCUAUGUUUCACAGGUGAGCUUGGAAUACUGUUCGAAUGGUAUAAAUCCAGGACAUGAAAAAACAGCUUCCAUCAACCCGCAAACAAACCAUCAAUUUCAAUUUACACUCGAAUCUUAUAGACGAGAAGGCGGAGCAUUUUCAUGCACUGGUAUGGACUUUAUAAUAUUUAGAUUUCACACAUCAAUACAGUGCAGCAGGAAUAAUAAACAUAAUUAUUUUCAAGUACAGGUUGACAACAUUCUGUUGCACAAUAAAGGAAGCCUAGCUCAUUUUAAAACUUAAAAUACCGUUUCCGUUUUAGCGAAUCUAUACGACGCGAGACGACAGUCGAUUGAUUCAAGUAUCAUCAGUGUUAAUACUACCAGUACAUGUGUGUGUAUUUUGAGAUGUGGCUGUUCUGUAAGUAUUGGCUUGUCUUUGAAUAUCCUUUGCAAAGGUGUAGAAGGAAGGGGUAUCCUUUGCAAAGGUGCGGAAGGAGGGGGGAGUAUCCUUUGCAAAGGUGUAGAAGGAGGGGGUAUCCUUUGCAAAGGUGCAGAAGGAGGGGGAGUAUCCUUUGCAAAGGUGUAGAAGGAAGGGGUAUCCUUUGCAAAGGUGCAGAAGGAGGGGGGAGUAUCCUUUGCAAAGGUGUAGAAGGAGGGGGUAUCCUUUGCAAAGGUGCAGAAGGAGGGGGGGGAGUAUCCUUUGCAAAGGUGUAGAAGGAAGGGGUAUCCUUUGCAAAGGUGUAGAAGAAUGUGUACGUGUGGGAAAAUUCCCUCGAGAAAUUGGACUCCACGAAAAGGUUUGUAUUAUAGCUGUGAUUAACUUUGGUUUUAGUGCACAGAUCAAGAGAACUUCGUGUGUGUGAAUGAAUCAGAUAUAACAUUUGACCAAGGCAAACCACCAACCUACACUGACUUUAUGGACAGUAUUUCCGAUACUUUGGGCGUGAUCUUUGAGACAGUGGGAGACGUGGCAAAAGUGGCUUUCUCAGCAGUGAAAGGUGUUUGGGAGCUGAUGCCCCAUCUGGACAAAGUUUGGUCCUAUCUCACUUUGGUGUUUAUCGUAGUUGUGCUGGUAAUUAUUCGAGUGUUGUGUGGUUUCCUACCUAAAGGUGUGUUUAAGCUAAUGGCGAAGAAGACAAUUAAAGCGAUGAGAAGUCCCGACAAGCCACCGCCAGCUGCUCCGACUGUUGUAGUUAUACAGAGAGAAAGUGAUAGCGAAGUAGAUGAAGCGAAAAGAACUCAGGAGUUUUUGUAAGUUCAUUCUUUUCUUCUAAUUCCCGACCGUAGAAUUUUCUAUGGAAUAGUAAAAUCUUCCGGGCAGGUUAGACAAUCUCAUAUACUUCGAGUAGAAAAAAGUCUUUCUGCAGGUAAGGGGCGGAGCACUAUAUUUUGCCGCGUUUGACAUCAUUAUAAGAAAGAUCUAUUGAGAUAUCACUACUCAACAUAUUUAACAUAGCAUUAUUUCAUUUCAGAGGAGUAAGUGAAGAGAGCGGGGAAAGAAGGAAGAUGACAGAUUUCAUAUUUGAAUGGUUCUUUUUCUUUAUCCUACCCUUCAUGUUGUUAUUGAAAGGACUUAAACCAAUAUGGCGGAAAACGCUCGGACCUUGCUUUAAUGCUGGACUCGACUGCCUUGGGAAACAGGUUGCAAGCCUUUGGAACACGUUUUACGCUUCAAUUAAAGAGAAGGUAUCAAACAAACAGCGGAAAGAAAUUGCUGAGAAUGAAUACGAUAUCUGUGAAUCUGGAGACAAAAGAGGGAGUGAAAGUAGUGUAACUGGAAAUCAUGAAAGUGAAUAUGAUGUUACAGGAAGGAAUGCUACCGGCAACAAUGUUAACGGAAGUGACGCCACCGGAAGUAAUUGCAACGGUAAUGUACCGGGAAAUGAUGUGAGAGGUAUUUAUGUUACAGGAAGUGGCAUUGACAGAAGUAAUGUUACCGUAAGUGAUAUGAACGAAAGUCAUGUUACCGCAAGUGACGUUAGCAGAAGUGAUGUUACCGGAAGUAAUUUGGGGAGAUUUACCGGAAGUCAUGAGAGUGGAAAUAGUAUUACCGGAAGUGAUGACGCCAGAAGCGGCAUAACCAUAAGUAAUAUUGGAGAACAUGUUUAUAAUACCACAUGCGACGAUACCGGAAGUGAUGUAACUGGGAGCGCUGUUACCGGAAGUUAUGGUAACGAAAGUGAUGUUACCGUAAGAGAUGACGCUAAAAAUUAUGGCAGUGCUUCUGGUAUCAGCCAAACAUCGCGUUCCACCAUCAGCGAAACGAAUGACAGAUUGUACCACUAG